UGGAUGUUUUAAAAGUGCGGAGAAACAUUCAGAUAGUUCCGGGGGGACACAUUUAGCGGUAACUCAGUAAAUGCAGGCUAUGCGGAAGUGAUUUUUGUUGUCACAAUGGGCAGAGUCAGGGACCACCCUGGUUUAUAAAUGGUAAGACAAUGGCUUCAGAGAACUAAGACCGCGAGUAAAUACAGCAGCUGGCUCUCCUAAACCCACCGCCCCCUAAGCUGAGGACGUUGGUGUUCGGAGCGUGGCUGCUGGGGUACGUGGCCUUUCUGCUGUCCAUCAGGAGGAUGUGGACGGGGAAGUCCGUCCGCAGUCCCCUCGUCCGCUCGCUGUUGAUGAGCAUGGUGACCGAGAACGACGCGGCCGCGGCGGAGACACAAGAGUGGUACCGUUGCAGUCCUGAGCUGCUGGGAGAAUCCGUGCGACCCGUGUUUGUCCAGAGCCACCUGGACUCAGACACCAAGGCUUUCCUCAAGCGGAGCGGGGAGAAGUCUGGCUGGCUCUUCACCCAGCUCUACCACUCUUUUGCAUCAACAGUCCUAAGCCCACUGGUCUCACGCACCUCCAUUAACGGGUUUCUGGGUCGCGGUUCUAUGUUUGUGUUUUCUGAGGAGCAGUUCCAUCGGCUACUCGGCAUCGGCCCGGAUUGGAGGGCGGACAGGCUCCUGGACCUCGGCGCUGGGGACGGAGGGGUCACAGAGGUGAUGGGAGCCCAUUUCAGAGAGGUCUAUGCGACUGAGGUCUCAUUACCCAUGAGAUGGCAUCUCCAGAGGAGGAAUUACAAGCUGCUGGGUAUAGAUGAGUGGCAGCAGACGGGGUUCCAGUACGACGUGGUCAGCUGCCUGAACCUGCUGGACCGCUGUGACGAUCCUCUGCACCUCCUGCGGGACAUUAGGCUAUCGCUCGUUCCCAGCACAGGGAGACUCAUCCUGGCUGCGGUGCUUCCCUUCCAGCCGUAUGUGGAAGUCGGAGGAAGAUGGCAGCGUCCCAAAGAACAUAUAAAAGUAACAGGAAAAAUGUGGGAGGAGCAAGUGACCAACCUGUCCAAUGAGGUUUUCCAAAGGGCGGGGUUUGAGGUGGAGGCUGUGACCCGGUUGCCAUACCUCUGUGAAGGGGACAUGUAUAACGAUUACUACGUCCUAGACGAUGCCGUUUUUGUCCUCAAGGCCUCAGAGGAUAAGUCUACCUGAGUCCCAAAUGCACUGUGGGAACAUCAGAGGCUUUAUCUUUAACUUUAUCUUUGUAGGUUGGUCCUGGGUGGAUUUUAGUCCCAUUUUCAUAAUCUUCAUUCAUAAAACACAGUAUUUCUGACUGCAUUUCUUUAGAAAUGGUGUCAGCUGUGAAGCUCAGGUGCUGUAGUUCCUCCAUUUUCCAGCCAUAUUGUGUGACGGUGAUACCUCUACUUUCUAAGCAAAAAAUAACUGAAUGGCAGUUUGCCUCUGUUGAAAUGCCACUAAAAAACAAAUCCUCUAGGUCAUAUCUUCAUCCUGUUGGUGUUUGUUCCAUAAAGUCUGUUAUCUGUGGGAGUGUUUACUGUUAGGGUUUCAUCUUUCUGUAAUAUUAACGGGAAUAAUCAUGGAUGAGUUAGCACUUUAAUUAUUUCAGUUUCUAACGCAAAGUCUCAGUGUAUGCACAUACUUGAUUCCUACAUUCUGAAUUUGGCCUUUUGUAUUUUAAUGCUGUUUUUUUUAACUUGCUAUUAGUUAGUUAUAACCAAAAUAUGAGGCCUUCUUAAAGCGAGACUAUGUGUCCGUUACCGAAUAAUGUUUAAAGCGGCUCUACAGUUUUAACUUAACCUUUUAGUAUGGGCUCAGCUCGCCUGUAACCUCGGCCGAGGUCGCAACAGAGAAAGUUCCAGCUACUAUACACAACUUUUGCCAAUGGAAAGCCAAAAAAGAUUGUUUCCAAGUGAGUUGAGUUGGGUCGUACAAUGCAGUGGAAAUCAGGCAAUUGUUAAUCAGCUGUUUGUUAACUGGAUCAGUCUGCUGUUUCAGGGUCCCCCCAGUGUAGUGCAAGUCUCUGGGAAUUAGGUUUGAUGUGUUUCUAAGACAUUUAACUACAGUUAGUGGGGCAGCUCAGUUGUUAACUUAGUUAUGUGUUCAAAUAUCCAGUUAGCUUUUAGCACUGACUUAAUGUAAGGCACUUCAGAACCUGUCUUAUAGCUUUUUAAAUCUCAAUUUCGCAAUAUUUGUCCGUGAUUCUGUGAUCGCAGAAACUAUUGGGCUCUAGAAUAAUGCUGCCAUCAGUCUGGGACUGGCCGCAGCCAGGCCCUCAACGAAAAAAGAGACAGGCUGAACAACUUUUCUGGGGGGAAACCCUGUGUUUUUUUUGGCUGAAAUACAGCUGCAGCUGGAAUUGAAGUUACUGGUGGAAUGGCCCAAAUGCCGUAGAGCUGGGGGACGGGGGAGGGGUUCAAUGGGUCACUACCCCUACUACAAGCGACCCCCUUGGACAUUAUAUGUAGUCAUUUGACCCAUUGUUAAGUGAUUGGUGCAGCUUUAAUGCUGACACUGUGAAACUGUAGAACAAUUAUAAAAAGCCGUAAAGCUGCCAAACUGACAGUUCCACAACAAUAUCUACUGUAGCGCCAGUUAACCAUCGUUAGCUACUGCUAGCACUGUCGCAGCAAAACCCCCGAGUGUAUUGAAUUAAGCAAGGAUGGGUUUUAUUACUUUGGAAUUCAAAUUUUUAGAGGGAGACAUGAUGUAGUCUUUUAAAAGUUACAUGGUCCUGCUGCACAACAGACUAUUAAAAAGGUGCCACAAUUAUUGCAAUAUUUUCAUUGAAAGUGUAUUACAUGGGUUCCAGAAUAAAAAUAAAAAACUACAUAA